UAGGCAUGCAGUCAAGCCUACAGCUGAUUCAAUACAUUUUCAGCACUAUGGACAGUUCCAUUCUGCAGCGCGAGCGGACAGAGGGGGUAUAAAAGAUAGGAGCAGCGCUACUUAGUCUACCAACACUGCGGAGACAACUGAGGCAUCAUGAGCCACCAAAUUGAGUAUCGGUCGGGUUCUCCACAUAGGAGAGCUCAAGAUGACUAUUCCCGCUAUCAACACAAACUGACCGGAUCCCCCUCGGCGUCCAGGACCGUUAUAGGCUUUGAGUCGGCUACCGCAUUUAUGAACAGAGGAUAUGCGACGACGCCGAAGAACGAAUUCGGAUCGGUUCCGAGAUCGGAUAUAUUUUUAGAUUUAUCAAACACGUUUACYGGGGUGUUGACGAAAAUGAAUGAGAAAGAACUGCUCCAUGGGCUGAACGACCGUUUUGCCGGAUUCAUAGAGAAGGUGCGUCAUUUGGAGCACCAAAAUGAAUUGCUCGAGAGGGAAAUCGAGGAAAUCAAACAGAAGGCACAGUCCCCCGCAUCUCUGGCACAGGAGCACGAGUCGGAGCUUAUGGAUCUGAGGAAACUAGUGCAUGACAUCACCCUUCAGAAGCGUCAGAUCGUGAUAGAACAUCAGAACCUGGAGGAAGACUUCCUCACCUUGAGAGACAAGUACGACCAGGAGGCUCGUGAACGCUCGGAUGCAGAGAAAGGCAUCCUGGUGCUGAAAAAGGACGCCAACGAUGCAUACCUCGCCAAACUUCAGUUGGACGAGAAAGCGCAGUCUCUGGUGGACGAGAUUCACUUCCUGAAGAAAAACCACGAGGACAAGGUGUUGGAGAUGGUGGCCCAGAUCCACGAGUCUCAGGUGACGGUCGAGGGGCACGCCUUUGCAAAACCCGAUAUCACUGCGACUCUCCGGGACAUCCGUGCACAGUUGGAAGGUCACGCCGCCUCCGACAUCCUUGAGGCCGAGGAGGGUUUCCGUGUCCAGUUCACAAAGUUGACAAAAGCGGCAGAGAGCAACAGAGAGGCGCUGAAGGCGACCCAGCAGGAGAUCCAGGAGAACAGAAGGCGCUUCCAAGGGAAGAACAUUGAACUGGACUGCGCGAAAGGAACGAGAGAGGCCCUGGAAAAACAACUACAUGAGCUGGAGGAGCGUCACUAUUCGGAAAUGAUUAAUUACCAGGACACUGUCAGGCAGCUGGAGAAUGAGCUGACUAAUGCUAAACUAGACAUGUCUGGCCACCUGAGAGAGUACCAGGACCUGCUGAAUGUCAAAAUGGCUUUGGAUGUGGAGAUUCUCUCUUACAGGAAACUCCUGGAGGGUGAGGAGUUCCAUCUGUCCACCAUCUCUGACACCCACAUCUCCAUGCCCUACAUCUACCGCCAGUCCCCUGUCUACACCCUUUCUUCCCUGGCCCGGCAGGGAGGGCCCACACGCAGGUCUGAGCCCCAGUACAAGUUUGUAGAGGAGAUCAUCACUGAGACCACCAGAGAGGUGGAGUCCGAGUUUGAGGAGACAGGCUCUGAGGAGACAGGAGAGGGAGAGAAGGAGGGAGAGGAGAGUGACAAAGCUGAGAGGAGGGGUAAGGAAGAGGAGGAUGAGGAGAAAGGGGAAGAUGUAGGUAAAGUGGAUCUUAAAGUGGAUGCCCCAGAGGAAGAGGGGGAACAGGAGGAAGAGUCUAAGGGACAGCAGAUAGAAACAUCAGCAGAGGUCGAGGUAAAUGGAGAUGGAGUUAGCCCUAGCGAGGGAGAAAAUGGAGAGGAAGGAGAUGACAAAGGAGAGGAGGACAUUGACACAGGUGACAAUACACAAAGUGAAGUCAAAUCAGCUAAGGCCACCAGUGAGGAAGAGAAGGAAAAACUGGACACAACAGAGGAGAUAGACGGUGAGAUAAAAGAUGUGGGGGAGCCAUUAGAAAAAGAUAACACCCCAAAACAUGACAAGUCCCUUCCAGAGGUUCCCAUGAAGGGUGACAUCUCCAUAGAACCCAAAACGUCCGAGGAUAUUCAAACAGAAAGUUCAAUAAAGGGUGAACCACAGGUCCCCACAGAGGACAUCUCCAAAGAGCCCAAAAAGGUGUCAGAGAGCAAAAAAGAAAGCCCAUCAAAAGAGAAAAAAGAGGUAGAUCUGAAAGAGCAGAGCGCCCUAGCAUUGGAGCAGAAGCCUGAUCAGAAGGCGCACAGAGUAUCAGACCAACUUCAAGAGGCAGAGAGUGCUGUGGCAACACAAGAAGAGGAUCUCCCUGAGCCCACAGAGAAGGACAUGAAAUCCCCUGAUAUCACUGCUGAGCUGAAAAACAGCUCCACCAAGGAGACAUGGGGACAGGUAAAGUCAUCAGAUGAUUCUGGUGUAAAAACACAGGAUGACAAAACGGUAGGAGGUAAAAUUUCAGCCGGACUUCCCAGCACAACAACUGAGUGUGAGGAAGAGCCUGUGCCAAAGACCCCUGAAAAGGAGGUGGGUCUGACAGAGCCAAAAAUGAGCAGCAAGGRUGAUAGUGUAAAAACUGUUGAGCAGAAUGAAUCUAAUGGCAGUGAAAAUUUCACAAAUGAUAUCUCAACAGCUGAGGAAAAAGUGAAAGAAUCUGAUAAAUCCUCUAAACUAGACACAACUAUCUCCCCUAAAGAGGAAACAACCCCACAACCAGAGCCAACCAUCACCCCCAAAGAAGAAACAUCCCCAAAAAUGGACCCAAUGGUCACCCCCAAGGACGAGACAGCACCUAAACCAGACCCCACAGUCACAAGUAAAGAAACAUCACAAUCAGACCCAACCAUUACCCCUAAAGAAGAACCAUCCCCUAAACCAGAACCAGCAGUCACCCCUAAAGAAGAAACUUCCCCAAAACCAACCCUAAAUAUCACCCCUAAAGAAGAAACUUCACCAAAAUCUGAACCAGCAGUCACCCCUAAAGAAGAAACUUCCCCAAAACCAGCCUCAAACGUCACCACUAAAGAGGAGACCUCCCCUAAACCAGAAUCAACCAUCACCCCAAAAUAUGAAACAUCCCCUAAACCAGCCCCAACCGUUACCCCUAAAGAAGAAACAUCAAAACCAGCCCCAAUCAUCAAACCUACCGAGAUCACCCCUAAAGAUGAAAUAUCCCCUAUAUCAAACUUAAUCAUUACCCCAGAAUCAACGACCACCCCUACAGAGAGUGAAACAAACAGCAGUGGUGGCAAAGCUGAGACUGCCACACCACCAGAGAAACAAGUGCCUGCUGUUGCAAAGAGCAAGGACUCACACAGAGAGGCGCCAGAGAGCAGCACAACUCAGGCGAAACCAGAGGAAAGUACGGCUAAAGAGCCUGAGAAGGUUACGGAUCCCAACGAUGAAACCCCAAAGACAGAGAACGUGAAGACCAAGGCCUUUGAGGAAAAACCUGAACAUGUGGAGAUAUCUAUUACAAAGACAUCGCCAGUGAAAGAACAGGAUGUAUCAGCCAUGGGUUUGAAAGAGAAAACUGUUGACAGGAAGACAACAGAAGGGGCACAAUCUAAAAUAGACGAGAAAGGCUUUACAGGAGUUGAUGAAGAGAGCAAAGAUGAUAAAACUGCGAAGAAGACAUCAACAGGGCAAGCUACUCAGCCAACUGCAGAAAAGCAAGCUAAACCUAAAACAUGGGACUUAACCUCUUUUUAGAAUGACCAGAUUUAGAGGUCAGUAGACGUUUUCUGUAAACCUGCAUGAUUAGUGCAAGCCUUCAAAGCAAUAUGAGAACUGCUCCACCUUGAAAGAUUAACUGACGCUUAAUAUGUACAGUAUCAUAAUUCAUACAUGUCAAUUAUGAGACCAUUAAUGAGCGCCUGCGAGAGAUGUGCUGUAAUAUGGAAUGUAACAAAUCAAAAGCUGUAUUUUGCUGUACCUAUUUUCUUCUGCCCAAGCAAGCAAUGAUGUGAAUUGGGAUGAUAAUGUUCAUGGUUGAUAAUGUGAUUUGAUAAUGCCUGAAUAAGCUAAGAAAUAAAUGCUAUUGGAAGAGCACUUCUGUUUCCAGCUAUUCUAACUUGCUGUGCUGUAUUCCACCUGAUAAGAUGCACCACAUAACAGUCAACUUAAGAGUAAAAAAGGCUUUUGUCUUUACAUCAGUGUCCCCAUGAUGAAACAGAGGUACUUUAGGGUCACCCAGUUGCUCAUAAAAGUGCCUUAUAGUCAGGUCUUUAUAUAGACCAAAGUAUCUGGAUAAGGUGACCGUCAAUUCAUCAGCUUUGCAAGCGUGCUGCUGACACACCACAUUGUUGAACUGACCUUGUUCCCUGACCCUCACAAUCUUUUACCCAUGUGAGGUAGUCUAUAGGCCAGCUUCCAGGCCAACUAUACUGAACAAAAAUAAAUGCAACAUGUAGU